UUACUUCUUCUUCCGUUUCUAUGGUGAGGACCGUUCAGGGUCCGGGCGGAAGUGAUCUUCUGCGACCUUCCGCUCGGUGGCCGGCGUGGUGUCCCGCUUUUCUAAUUCCUCCCGGGGUUCCUGGGCUUUUGAGCGCAAACGAAGCACAAGGAAAGCUGCAUUGUCGUUUCCAAGAGGGAGUGCCAUGUCGGGCCGAGAAGGAAGACCGAGCUUUCAAGCAAAAACAGAAGGAGGAGCAGAAGAAAUUGGAUGAGUUGAAGGCAAAAGCCUCUGGAAAGGGUCCACUUACUGGAGGUGGGAUUAAGAAGUCUGGCAAAAAGUAGCAGGUUUGGCCAGUACUAUGUUGCAAGAAGGAAGAAACAUUUUGCUCCCCUCAAAUGCUUAGCCGAAGGAUGUGUUUCCAGGCUAAAGCCGUUGGAAACAUUGCUUUGAGCACCUUUGUGUAUUUUGUUCAGACAAAAUAAAUGUGAUGUGUGUGGUCUUUGUUAAUGA